AUGGACACCAGGACAAACACCUGGACAAACGGACAAACAGACACCAGGACAAAUGGACACCAGGACAGACGGACACCGGGACAAGCGGCGUCCCCGCCCUCAGGACGGACAGACCGACAGACGGACGGACGGACAGACCGCCCCCCCCACCUCCCCGUGCCCACCUGCACCGGGGGUUGCCCCCGGAGCGCCCCCAGGACGGCGGCGGCGGCGGCGGCGGCUCCGAGCGCGGCGGCGGCGAGAGCGGCGAGCGCGGCCAGCGCCGGGGCCGGGCGGCGGCACCGGCAGCGCGCCCGCGGCUGCUUCUGGUCCCGGUUCCGCUCCCGGGCCCGGUUCUGGUCCCGGUUCCGCUCCAAGUCCCGGUUCUGGUCCCGGUUCCGCUCCCAGUCCCGGUUCUGGUCCCGGUUCCGCUCCAAGUCCUGGUUCCGCUCCCAGUCCCGGUUCUGGUCCCGGUUCCGCUCCCAGUCCUGGUUCCGCUCCCAGUCCCGGUUCUGGUCCCAGUUCCGCUCCCAGUCCCGGUUCUGGUCCCGGUUCCGCUCCCAGUCCCGGUUCUGGUCCCGGUUCCUCUCCCGGUCCCGGUUCUGGUCCCAGUUCCGCUCCCAGUCCCGGUUUUGGUUUUGGUCCCAGUUCUUUUCCCGGUCCCGGUCCCGGUUCUGCUCCCAGUUCUGUUCUGGUUCUGGUGCCCGUUCUGGUCCCGGUUCUGGUCCCGGUUCUGGUCCCAAUUCUGGUCCCGGUUCUGCUCCCAAUUCUGGUGCCCGUUCUGGUCCCGGUUCUCCUGGUGGCCCCAAGGUCCCCAUGGUGGCCCCAAGGUUCUCCUGGUGUCCUCAAGGUUCUCCUGGUGUCCUCAAGGUGGACACGACGAGUCCCCGUCACGGUGGCGAGCUGGUGGCCGAGGUCCUGCGGGCCCACGGCGUCCAGUUCAUCUUCACGCUGCCCGGUGGCCACAUCUCGCCCGUGCUGGUGGCCUGCGAGAAGAUCGGCAUCCGCGUGGUGGACACGCGCCACGAGGCCACCGCCGUCUUCGCCGCCGACGCCGUCUCGCGCCUCUCGGGCCGCAUCGGCGUGGCGGUGGUGACGGCGGGUCCUGGGGUCACCAACGCGGUGACGGCCGUGAAGAACGCGCAGAUGGCCGAGUCGCCGCUGCUGCUGCUGGCCGGGGCGGCCGCCCGGCUGCAGAAGGGCCGCGGGGCGCUGCAGGCCAUUCCGCAGGUGCCGCUGCUGCGGCCGCUGUGCAAGUCCUGCGUCUCCGUGGGCUCCGUGCGCCGCCUCGUCCCCGUCCUGCGCCGCGCCCUGGCCACGGCCGCCGGCGGCACGCCCGGUCAGCGGGACCCCUGCCCGGAAUUCCCAAAAUUCCCAAAAGAAUUCCCCAAAAAACCCCCAGAAAAUUCACAAAUAUCCACCAAAAAUCCACAAAAAUCCCGGCGAAUUCACGAAAAAACCCGGCAAUGGUACCUGCGGCAGUACCUGGCCGAUGUCUUCGCCGGCGCCUGGGAGCCGCGGGAGCUGAGCCCGCUGCCCGUCAGCGUGCCCCGCGCCAGCCCGAGAGAGGUGCAGCUGUGCUCAGAGCUGGUCCCAAGGGUGCCAUUUCAGGGUCCCUAGGGUGCCAUUUCGGGCUCCCAAGGGUGCCAGCGCCCCCGCUCUGUCCCCAGCUCGGCCCUGCAGUCCCUGGGGGUCCCGUGCUACCUGGGGGGGGCGGCGCGGGGGCUGCUGCCCCCCGAGUGUCCCCUGCUGCUGCGGCACAACCGGCGGCAGGCGCUGCGCGACGCCGACCUGGUGCUGCUGGCAGGCACCGUCUGUGAUUUCCGGCUGUCCUACGGGCGCCUCUUCGGCCGCGGCGCCGCCGUCGUCGCCGUCAACCGGGACCGGGCGCAGCUGCGCCUCAACGCCGACGUCUUCUGGACCCCGCGGCUGGCCGUGCACGGUGACCCCGCGGCGCUGCUGGUGGCGCUGGCCCGGAGCCUGCCGGGCCUGCCGAGCCCCCGGGAGUGGCUGCGGCGGCUGCGGGAGGCCGAGGAGGAGCGGGAGCGGCACAUCCGGGCCAUGGCCGCCGUGUCCCCGCCACGUCACCUGAACCCGCUGGCGCUGCUGCUGGCCCUGGACCGGCUCCUGUCCCCCCGGAGUCUCUUGGUGGCCGACGGCGGCGACUUCGUGGCCACGGCCGCCUACAGCGUCCGGCCCCGGCGGCCGCGCGCCUGGCUGGACCCCGGUCCCUUCGGCACGCUGGGCGUGGGCGGAGGAUUCGCGCUCGGGGCCAAACUCUGCCGGCCCGAGGCUGAGGUGUGGAUCCUGUACGGGGACGGAUCCCUGGGCUUCAGCCUGAUGGAGUUCGACACCUUCGUGCGCCACAAGGUCCCGGUCAUCACCCUGGUUGGCAACGACGCCGGCUGGACCCAGAUCAGCCGCGAGCAGCUCCCCCUGCUGGGCAGCGCCGUGGGCUGCAGCCUCAGCUACAGCGAUUACCACGCGGUGGCGACGGCGCUGGGCGGCCGCGGCUUCGUCCUGGACAGCGCCGGGGACACCGGAGGGGACACCGGAGGGGACACCGGCGGGGACAUCGAGGACAGGGUGGUGGCCGUGCUGAGGGCGGCGCAGGCCGAGUGCCACCGAGGCCACCCCGUCCUCGUCAACGCCCUGCUGGGCCCCAGCGACUUCCGGCAGGGCUCCGUGUCCGUGUGACCC